GGAACUUAACUAAAAAUAAAAUAACUGUUUAAAAGCCCAAUUUAUUAAUCAGCACAGUUAUUACAUCCUAAAAACUUAUUUACAAACUAAUUAACACUUGUAAACGUGGUACCAUUAUUAACACAACGAAAAAAUAGCAUUUGCAACAUGAUUGCAGUCAUGAAGCGUGUUUUAAUCGUUCUCUUACUAACUUAUUUCCAGCCAAUUUUAUCUAAAACCGAUCAACCAGUCUCCAUCAACUUCAGACACUCCAAAUUUUGGCCUGUGGGAGUUGUACGAUUCCCAAACACCGUCUGUAACUCCUUGGAGGGCUACACUGGCACGUGUUACACAAAAUGGGAAUGCCACAACUUGGGGGGUGUAGCCUCCGGUAGCUGCGCCAAUGGGAUCGGCACCUGUUGCAUUUUUCAAGGGACAUGCGGCGGCAAUUCGAGCUACAACAACACGUAUUUCACAAACCGGGGAUUCCCCAACACGGUGUCAAACUCCAGCUCGUGCACGUUCACCAUCAAAAAAUGCAACUCGGACAUUUGCCAAGUGCGCUUGGACUUCCUCAACCUAAACCUGGCCCAACCUGACGGUAAUGGAAACUGCAUUACCGACUCUUUGAUCAUCUCAGGUGGGGCCUCAAAUUUGCCCAUUAUUUGCGGCCAAAACAGUGGCGAACACGUUUAUAUUAAUUUCAACGGCGACAGCGACAUUAUUCUAAUGAUAGCAACCGGAGCGCUGACUUUUGCACGGUCCUGGAACAUUAAAAUCACACAAUUGGCUUGCGAUUGUCCAAGUCUUGCCCCCACUGGCUGUCUCAUGUACUACACUGCCCUCUCAGGCACCGUUAACAGCUUCAAUUACGGUACCACGUUAAGUGGGGGCCUUGUUAUCAACCCCAUGAACAUGACCAGACCUGGAACCAGACAAUUAGCCAAUGAAAAUUAUGGGGUUUGUGUGCAAAUGCAACCAGGGUAUUGUGCAAUUGAAUGGAGUCAAGGACCAGGUGAUACCUCUUUCACAGUGAGCAAUGACACCGCUUUCGCGGACGCCUCCAGUGUGGGAUUACCCGGGUUUCCGGUCAUUGGCACCAUGUGUAAUACUGACUUUGUGGUCAUUCCCAACCCCAUUUAUGCCAAUGGGACUACAGUAGGGGCCGACAGGUUUUGCGGGAACCAACUACCCACCGUUAUAAGUUCGUCUAAGCCCUUUGUUUUAACUGUGGUAACGGACGAGAAUGAUGUAAGUGAUGUGGCCAAUCGGGGCUUCUCCCUUACCUACCGCCAGAUUCCGUGUGGGGCCCCUAAUGGAAUGUUAGUCUUACCAUAAAUAAAUCAUUCAACACC